AUACGUGUUGUGGGAGAUCCAGGCAGUGGGCUGAACACAGUACACACAGGGGACUGACUGCUGCUCUAACACUCUGCAACAAGUAAUAUUAAAGGGAGGAACACAAUCCGCACCUAGUGAUUUACAGUCAAACUGGCAGAUAUCUUGAGUAUUCCAGAAUGGCGACCUUUGGAUUUUGGCAGCUAGUUUACCUUCUUGUCCUCAUACAGAUAGGUCUUGUAUUUACUGUCAAUGCCGACUGUCAGGAAAAUGAAUUUGAGGAUGAGCGUGGCAAUUGCCUCCCAUGUAAACAGUGUGGACCAGGACAAGAACUUUCUGAGGACUGUGGCAAUGGAAGAGAUGCUCAGUGUGUUCCCUGUAGACCUGGCAGAUAUAAGGAGGAUCGAGGACACCAGCGAUGCCUCCGCUGUCUCCCUUGUGCUGUUAUCAACCGUGUCUUGAAAGUUAACUGCACCCCUACCAUGAACUCCAUAUGCGGUGACUGUCUACCAGGGUUUUAUAGUAAAACACGUAUAGGAGGACUCCAGGAGUUGGAAUGCUUCCCAUGCACAUCUAAUACACCAUCAACAGAGCCUCAGUGUCAGUCCAGGCCUGCAUCUCUCCAGCCAGUGAGCACUGUUUCUCCUCCUCGGGACCCUGUCAUUUUAGUGGCUGUUAUAAUGGUGGCCUUGGCACUAAUACUCAUUGCCUUGGUAACCUUCUCAGUUCUUUGCUGUGGACGCUUCUUCAAAAUCCAGUGUCAGAGGGCAUUUCAGAGAUCCCAUAAUUUUGCAGGUCAUCGGCGUAGCGUGGUAGAGAGUUUGGAAACCACACAGAGCCCACAUGAAGAGCAGCCAAUUCCUCAAUGCUGUUUUAGGUCUCCAGAGACCUGCCAACAGAUACAGAGUCCACUGGAAGAAGAAAGUCAUGCAGUUUCAGACAAAUCUUCCCCAAGUACCCGCGCGAAAUGCAAUGACUUAGGUGAUCUUCAGCCAUCUGUGGAUCUGUGCCCUUUACCUCCUGCAUCCAUCAAACCUCACUAUACUCGAAGUGUAUCAGAGACGCAGCCAUUGAUCCGUAACUCUGGCUGUAGUGACUGCUUUUCGGGCUGCACUCCUACCUCAGAUUCUAGCCAAGUAGUAGCAGAACAACUGUCUACAAAAACUCAGUCAUGCGCCUCAGAGCAACAGCACUGGUCUCAUGCUCCUGUUGAAUGCACAGAACUUGAUUUGCAGAACUUCUCGUCAGAGGUGGGAUUUUCUGCAAGUGACCACACUGUGCCAAAGAACAGCCAUGGUUCUCUGCCAGGUCCCAGCUCUCAUACUUGUGUUAACAUGGACAUUACUCAAGAUGGUGCCACCUCAUCUACAAAGAUAGAACAAAGAUCGACAUGUAGACACCUGUCUCAUCAAAUUACGACAUGUCAAGAUUUGGUGUCCAAGCUAAAGAAUGUCACUUUAGGUUUACACAUUUCUCAAAUUCCGCAUUCCCUGGUUUUGUCACUUGGACACCAACUGGACCAGUUCAUACCAGGACAAAAGAACUUCAAGGACCUUGGCAUAUCAUUGGGACUAUCUACCCAGAUAAUUAAUCACAUGCAGGGAUUUGAGGCCCUGCACACCCACCUCUCUACCAGAUCUUCCUGCACGUUGCUGCAAAUGGUGCAGACUCUACAGGACCUGGCACGUGUUGACGCACUUUCUGUAAUUUGCAAGCAUUUUGGCCUACAGUGAGGUCCUCAAGCGGUGGGUUUUACAGUGGUUUACUCUGUGGUAGGCAG